GACCUGCUUCCAUAACUCACCUCAAAGAAUAUCUGAGUGUCAAUAUGGCAAUUCAUCCAAGCGAACGCCAUGUUGCACCUCUGAGCAUCCCUGGAAACCCAUCUUGGUGUUCUCUCAGAGGAGUCAGGAAAAGAAUGUGGAAUUCCACGAGAUCAGGCCGCGGCCCAACAAACCCUACUCACAGUGGCACUACUGCAAGUACGUGAUGGGGGGGCAAACCUGCUGGCACGGGCGCCGCCGCUGCUGGUUCGCUCACAGCGCUGUGGAAAUGGCCGUCUGGACAGAGGAAAGCAAGGGCCCUUUCGAUCGCUCCAGACUUCUGACAAGAAAAGAUACACAGGCGUCGCAGCGACCACGGGCGAACUUCAUGCCACCGGGGUCAGAGAAGUCAGGGAAGCAUGAGGUACACUACUGCAAGGUGUGUCGCCACAAGUUUCGUUCCGAGGAAAACUACAUGAACCACUGCUUCACCAGUGAACACAGGAGACACAUCUUUGAGGACGAGUUAAUGGAGCCGAAAUACAGAGAGCCACCCCAGACAUACCAUUCCUUCCAAAUGUGUCCAAGAGCUGGCACGUGCGAGCACGGAGACCGCUGCAUGCAGGCCCAUUCGGCAGAGGAGCUGCAGGAGUGGCGGAGGAGAGCCAAGGCGUCCAGGAGGAAGGCCAAGGUGGCCGAGGAGCAGGAGCUACUGUCCUACCAGGACCGCCUGCUGGAGGAGUACAGGAGCAGCUCCCAACCCCAUCACAUCGUGAGUGGGUUUUUUUCGACUUUAUUUGACAGGACAGUGUGAGAGGUGGACAGGAAG